CAAUCCACGAGAUCACCUGACCCGCUAAAACCCAAAAGAGCACAAGUCGGUCCCACCUUCCCACAGCCAUUUUUUAGGGUUGCUCUGCCCUCGCCUAGAUUUUCGGCUGUUGCUAGGCUUUUACAGGAUAUCACCCUCCAUUUCGAAGUUUCGACUGUGAACAUUCGGACAAGUCGACAACCACAGCCGUCACCAUGCCUACCCGUACUUCAAAGACCCGCAAGCACCGCGGUCACGUUUCCGCCGGUAAGGGACGUGUCGGAAAGCACCGCAAGCACCCCGGUGGUCGUGGUCUUGCUGGUGGUCAGCACCACCACCGUACCAACAUGGACAAGUACCAUCCCGGUUACUUCGGUAAGGUUGGUAUGCGAUACUUCCACAAGCAGCCCAACCACUUCUGGAAGCCCAUCAUCAACCUCGACAAGCUGUGGUCUCUCGUCCCCCAGGAGACCCGUGACGCCUACGUCUCCGGCGAGAAGAAGGACACCGUCCCCGUCCUCGACCUCCUCCCCCUCGGCUACUCCAAGGUUCUCGGCAAGGGCCGUCUCCCCGAGAUCCCUCUGGUCGUCCGCGCCCGCUGGGUCAGCCGCCUUGCUGAGCAGAAGAUCAAGCAGGCCGGUGGUGUCGUCGAGCUUGUCGCUUAAGCAAGCAACUGUUCUCUAAAUGUUGUGCUUGCUUAGGAGUCGGUUGGGCUUGUAUGGGAAUUUUCGCAAAAGGAAAAAAGAAUCUCCAACCCGCGAACAACGGGCAAUGGAUGACAGGUCUCCUCUAAGCAGGGACCUAGGUCGGUCGGCUUCGGGCAUUGCAUCAGGGACUCUUGCAAGGAGUUAACGAAAUAAAAAUCGAUUUUCGCCCAUGAUUAUGAAUGACAAAUUUUUUAAUUCA